AUGCAGGAGAAGCAACAGCCACAGCAGCAGCAGCAGCAGCAGCAGCAGCAGCAGCAGCAGCAGCAGCAGCACACGCGGCACGAGGCGCAUCACGAGCUCCCAGCUACGCAUGCCACGUCAGAGCGGCCCGGCCGAGUGGUGGUGGAAGGCGAAAGCAUCGCGCCUUUUCUGGAGAAGCAACCCGGAAAGAUCGCCAUGCCCGCCAAGUCCGCUGAAUCUGCCGGCCGCGACUCGUCUGAGGCAGGCUUAUCUGAGGGCGGUGUAUCUGAGGGUGGUUUACCCAGUGGAGGUGGGUAUUCUGGUCUCGCUGCUCCUGCCAGGGAGGAAUCGGAAUCUUUGGAGGAGUUCAGAGUGUUUGGUAAGGGCGGGAAGGUCAAAGGAGGCGACAAGGGGGAGCCGGUGGAGCUGGAGACACAUGGCGUGCAGGGACUGGCGGAGGAGGAAGGAGCUGCUGCACGUGAGACCAAGGCAGGAGGGGGGAAAGCGCAUGAGCGUGCUUCCGGGUCUGAGGAGGAAGCUUUGGAGAAGGCUGGAGAGGUGCCAAAGGGGGAAGCAACAACGGAGCAGGAGGAAAAAGCUCUGGCUGGGGAGAAAAAGCGCGCAGGGGAGAAGGGGAAAGUAGGGGCAGGGGUGGAGCAGAAAGAGGGGACAGGGGUGGAGGCGAAAGAGGGAGUUGGGGCAAAGGAAGAAGAGGGGCCAGGGGAAGGGCCAGGGGCGGGAUUUGCUGUCAUGCGCGGAGUGGAUAAGGGGGAAGUUGCGGGCGGGCGCACUGGUGGUGGGGGCGCGGAAGGGGGGAUUGAGGCGCAGGAGACUGCUGGGUGGAAGGCGGAGAGGGGGGGUGAGGAGGUGAGGCGGCUGGAAGAGGGGGUGGGGAAAAUGUCGCUGGGGGAGGGGGGGGCGCAGCAGAGCAGGGGGGAAACGGCGGGUGGGAAAGGGGCAGAAGGGGAAGGGGCGGGGGGAAAGGGGAUGCGCGGAGUGGAAGAGGGGCUGCAGAGGCUGACGGUUUCGGACAUUGGGGGGAUGAGAGGGCGCGGUGGGGAGGGGGAGGAGUCAAUGGCAGGCGCGCAGGGUGGGAAGGCAGGGAAGGUAUUGGAGAAGGCGAAGGGUGGGCAGGCAGGGGUUUCUGGAACGCCUGAGGGGCAGCCUGAGGUGGGAGGGGUGGAACAUGGAAUGAGGAGGCUGGCAGUGUCUGGUCAAGGUGGGGAGAGCAGUGGGGAGGAACGGAAGGAAGGUGGGAAGGAGGGAGGUGGGUUGGAGGUGGGGGGGGCAGAAGGUGGGGGUGGGGUUGUGGUGGGUGGCGGGGUUGUGGAGAGGGCGCAGGAUGUUGCCACGUCAGCAUGGACCAGCACCACUGGAGCACGCAGGAUGUUGCCACGUCAGCAUGGACCAGCACCACUGGAGCAAUUGCAGAUACUGUUAAGGUGCUGGGCUCCCUCACUGGAUUCGCCCCCACCAGUACCGAGGUGCCGGCCAAUGCUGCCCGAGGCUCAGGGUGUAAUCGCACGCGGAUGUGACAUUGUGUUUGUUGUGCUGUUCGUGCUCUGUCAUUCUCAUCGGGUGUGUGUCGUCCAUUCUCAGUUUCAUAAGAUCAUGGCUCUGUGUGUAAUUGCAGCAGGUGGUGUACAGGAGCGUACCGCGCAAUCCCAGGAGGAGUAA